AUGUCUGGCAUCAACGCCGGUGACGACAAACUCAUUUUUGAGUCCUCGGAGGCCGUCUCCGUUGUUUCGACGUUCGAUGACCUUGGGUUGAAGGAGGACCUUCUGCGCGGUAUCUACGCGUACAACUUUGAAAAACCCUCCGCGAUCCAGCAGCGGGCCAUCCUUCCGAUCAUCCAGGGACGCGAUGUUAUUGCGCAAGCACAGUCGGGUACAGGAAAAACCGCGACGUUCUCAAUCUCCAUCCUCCAGUCCAUCGACGUGUCCAUUCGGGAGACCCAAGCGCUUGUGCUUUCCCCAACUCGCGAACUGGCCACGCAAAUCCAGUCAGUCGUGCUUGCGUUGGGCGACUACAUGAACGUCCAAUGCCACGCGUGCAUUGGAGGCACCUCAAUUGGUGAAGACAUCCGUAAGCUGGAUUACGGUCAACACGUCGUUUCCGGGACUCCUGGACGCGUCUUCGACAUGAUUCGCCGUCGCAGCCUCCGUACGCGGAACAUCAAGAUGUUGGUCCUGGAUGAAGCCGACGAACUUCUCAACAAGGGUUUCAAAGAUCAAAUCUACGACGUCUACCGGUACCUUCCUCCCGCAACUCAAGUCGUUCUCUUGAGUGCCACACUUCCAUACGACGUUCUGGAGAUGACAACAAAAUUCAUGACCGACCCAAUCCGCAUCCUCGUUCGUCGUGACGAGUUGACGCUCGAGGGUAUCAAGCAAUUCUUCGUGGCGGUGGAGAAAGAGGACUGGAAGUUCGACACCCUUUGCGACUUGUACGACACGUUGACGAUCACACAAGCCGUCAUUUUCUGUAACACGAGACGAAAGGUGGACUGGUUGACGGAGAAGAUGCGGAAUGCUAACUUCACAGUGUCUUCCAUGCAUGGUGAUAUGGCACAAAAGGAGCGUGACGCUAUCAUGGCAGAGUUCCGGAGCGGCACCUCCCGGGUUCUCAUCACCACAGACGUCUGGGCACGUGGAAUCGACGUUCAACAGGUCUCUCUUGUCAUCAAUUACGAUCUCCCCGCGAACCGCGAAAACUACAUCCACCGCAUCGGUCGAUCAGGUCGGUUCGGUCGAAAGGGUGUUGCUAUCAACUUCGUCACAGUUGAUGACGUUCGUAUCCUGCGUGAUAUCGAGCAAUACUACGGUACCCAGAUUGAUGAGAUGCCCGUCAACGCCGCAGAGCUUAUUUAG